GACCAGAGAGAGAGAGCAACUCAAGUCAAUAGAGAUGAGGCUGAUAACGCACAACAUGCUCUCCUGCAACAUCAAAGGAGUCACGAACGGCUUUCCUCUGAAGGUCGAAGCGGAGAAAGUGAUCGAGAAGGAAAUCGAUUUCAACCCCGACUUCCUCAGGCACAUGUUCGCCAAGAUCGAGUGGAAGGCUCUCGUGGAAGCUGCUCGUUCCUUGGGAUACGCCGAGUUGCCGGAGGAUUCUCCUGACGCGACGGUGAUUGAAUCCGCCGCCGACGAGUCCUUGCUGAAGAAACUCCACCACGCGUUGCUCGAGCUCCACCUGGAGGAAGGCGCGCUCGUCUGCCCCGAGACAGGGCGGAAGUUCCCGGUUAACAAGGGAAUCCCAAAUAUGCUUCUCCACGAAGAUGAGGUUUAGUUGAUUGGAUUUAAAAAAAAAAAAAAAAAUGUUCGAUUAGGGUUUUGGCUGUUGUGAUUUGGGAAUCCUUAAAAAUUAAGUAAGUUUUGUCUAUGAUUAUGGUUUCUUUAGGUGUUUUGUUAGUGUUUGCUUUAAGUGAGAUAUGCAGUUCAAACAACAUUCUUAAAUCCCAAGUAAUCCAGUUCUGCCUUCGA